AUGCUGAAAAGUUUUGUGAGCUCUUCAGUGGCUGUGGUUGUCAGCGUUUCCCUCCUUAUAGUCUUGCUGGUCUAUGGAAUUGGAUGUGUUUGGCGUUGGAAGCGCCGGGAAACCACACCAAUCAUCUUACCAAAGUUUAUGCAAAGGAGAAGUAACAGGCAGAAAGACUGCGUGAAAACCCUUAGCUUGCGUGCCCAUGUGACUGGCUCAAGCCCUAAAAUCUCAGUGGAAAGCAAAGGCCCCAAGUCUUCAUCCAAGAGAAAUAAGGCGAAUGGCAACUACGAAAAUGUCUCCUGUCCUCUGCACACCGAAGCGGUAACCGACAAGGCGCUAUAUGAAAACACGCAGCCAUCUAACCUCGAGGAACAUGUCUACUGUAACCAAACAGACGCCCUCUAUCAUAAUUUCCAGAAGCCUAGCCCUCCUCCCGCUCCUCAAGAGGAAGACAUAUAUAUCCUCCCAGACUCCUACUAGCUUUUCAAUGGACUGAGACUCAUUGCUGGAGGAAAAACUGUUACCAAGCUUCUGAUUGGAUGGAUGUCAUUGUGACCAAGCUAUUCUGAUGGAACCAGUGGUCUCUUUUCUUUUGCUACCCUUAUAAACCCUCACUAA